AUUACACAAAGCUUAAGUCACAUUGGCCGGUGACAUGUUUACCAUCGUAAGACAUGUGGGCAGUAAAUGCCACAAUUGUCACAUCGAAAUUAUUGGUGGCCUCCAGAUGACUCAGAUGGCUGCUUAUAAAAAUCUCAUUCUACCAAAACCAAAAGAAAUUGAUUUGCCAGAAAAUCCUAAACUUCGUCGUUUGGGAAUGCUGGAUAAGACCCCACAAUUUGUCCAAGAUAAUGUGCAAGUUGGUGCUUUCAAAAUCCGGAGGCCAUCAAAAGACCUGUCGUUGAUACGAGGGCCCGAACUUGUCCAUAACAAAUUGCAGUAUGGACAUAUAGGAAUUCAGGCUCUUCAUGGAGGUUACCUUGUUUACAAUCACAUGAACAGCAUACGAAUCAUAUUGAAUCGUCAUAUUGAUGAUAAAAAGAUGUUUGCAAUAUGGAGGGUGGAAUUUCCAUGGCGACCAAUCACAAAAAAGGCUGCAAGCGUCCGUAUGGGAGCUGGAAAAGGUGCCAUUAAAGACUUUUCCUCCCCUAUCAAGGCAAACAGAAUAUUGUUUGAGAUUGGUGGAGAUAUUGAGUUACCAAAAAUCAGACGUAUCCUCAAACAACUUUCUACACAGACGCCAAUGAAGUCACGUGUUGUAACUGCUGAGAUGCUAGAAAGAGAGGCAGAACAGGAGGAGAAACUCGAAAGAACUAAUGUUAACCCUUUCAGUUUUAGUGAUUGUGCUAGAAAAAAUUAUAUGGGUAUAAAAAAGGAAAUGAGUCCUUAUGAUUUUGUCUGGCAUGGCAAGUAUAAGUAGUGAGUGUAUGUCUACACUUACUGGUCAUGGCUGAGUGUGUAUUAAAUGUACUUUAGUGUAACUGUUUAUGUAAAUGAAAUUAAAGACUUGUUGACUAAAUAGUUAUCAAGAUUACUUGUUA